UCCAAAUUAUUAUUAUUAGAUAUUAUUUUAAUUAAACUUUUUAAAAAAUACAAUACAAUUUUAAAAAACACAGCAUAGUCGUAAAAAAAUAAAAUAUAGUUGUAAAAUAAGAUAAAAAGUUGUAAAAUAGAGUAAAAGGGGUGGAUUUGUAUGGAAUUGGAUUAUGAGGAGGAUAUAAGGAAAGCCUUGGAGAAGUAUUUUAGUGGACUUGGUUAUAAAACAGCUGAUGGCACUAAUUUCGGCUCUGAUUUAGUCAUUUACACUAAAGCUGGGCCGAAUCUCUCACAUUCCAAAUAUCUUUUGUUCAUUAUAGAUUCUAAAGUUACUUGGAGGGAGGUAAUAACAUAUUAUCGAGUUUCAAGUCAAACUGCUAAGAUCGCACUUGUCGCCUUUAAACAAAAAGUAAUCUCUAAAUUAUUAGUGAUUAAUUGA